AUGGAAAAAGCACUUAUACUGUUGAAAAUUCACCCUCAUAGGGUUGUAGAAUAGAUUCAAAGCCAAGAUGAUGAUAAAAAUAAGGAAGUUUUUAAACCUUGGGUUUGUUCUGGCUAGAAACUUAAUCCUAAUUAAUGUAAGAAUAGUUCAUAAUUUGAUUUGAAAAUCACUAAUCCUUAGGUAACUAAAUAUAUUUGCGAAUAAAAAUGCCCUAAUUUUAUGAUAUGUAGCUCUUGCGUAAAUGAAAUGUAAGAAGUUGCAAUGUUACCAGAAUAAAUUGAUCAUCCUUUACAUACAAAACACACAUUAUAUAGAAGCUACAACCAAGAAGAUUGGAUUUGUGAUGCUAAAGAUUAUCUUGGCUGCCUUAGUAAUAUGAGUGCUUAAAUUGAAUCUAAAGGAAUAGAAAGAUAUAAUUGCAGUAAAUGUGAUUUUGAUCUAUGUUCAAAAUGUAUCUUUUUCUAUCUAGAAAACCCUUAAAUGACAUAUUUAUAUCAAGUAAACUCAAAUAUCCACGAACAUGUAAUGACUAGAUGGUUUGAUGAUAAUGGGUGGUGCUGUGAUGGAUCAAAGAAAAACAAAGGUGGAUGCCUAAGUGGAGUAACAGGAUUUGGAUAAACUACAAAUUUUAAUCGUUGGAGAUGUGUAAAAUGUGAUUUUGAUUUAUGUGAAAAGUGCCUAUUUGCAACAAUAAUUGAUGCUUGCCCUUCUUAAACUCCUCCAUCCAAGCAAUAAUAUUAGAGUUUAUUAGAGUCUAUUUAGAAAAAUAACUCAAAAUGA